UGGUGCCCUGUAGUUAUGCGCAUGUUUUGUCGUUUCGAACCACAACGUCGCAAGACGAGUGGCUAUCCUGCUUCUGAGCCACGAGACCGGCCCCCUGUGUUUACAAUUGCCGCAUGUUGUUGUGCCUUGUUGAGAUAUUCGUCAGCCCCAGCUUUGAAGUGUUGGGACAUGGAGAGUGGCUGGAACCAGGACCAGCAGCACGGCCCUGGAUUCCAAGGCAGCCAAUCGCCUGGGCGAGCGGAAGCUUGCGGGCCAAUCACGUUCAAUGGGCGGAGAUCUUGACGGAUACGGGAGCUCACGGUGGAACCCCUCCCGGACCCGGGCCGGUCGACAGCAGCCGAACGAACAAAUCGCUCUGUUUUCAAUUCAGAAAUGGCAUGCAGGAGAUCUCGAACACUUGUUCCGCCGUGCGACCCUAUCCUACACUACCUUAUGUAUCCCUUGCAGAGGCCUGUUUAGUGAUAAAACUGCUGCAAGCUUGCAUGUCGGCGCAUCGCGGGUAUUACCUCACUACUGUCGUGGACAAGCACCGCCGGCUCUGCAAAGACGCUCUACAGUGUAUGUAAAUUCUUCCAUGCUUUUCGCCAUGACCCAGGGCUGGCUGGAAGUUGUCUUGGCCGGCCGUCUCCCUCAUGGGUCGCCACUUCGACCCCAGACCGCUCCUUCCACCGCAGCAACCGCACGGCACAGGGAGGGGGAAGCAAUUGGGGGCGCGGCAUUGACGCAGACAACGGGGCGCUCUUUGCUGGCUGUUGCAAACUCCAGAUCCACCAUCAGCGAUGUCCCAUGUUGCUAAGCCUGUUGGCGCCCGUCUUCUCAAUUGGUUUUGCGUGUCAAUAGGGGAGCCACUAAAUAAACUGGGUCAGCCAACUGAAAAGCAGCUUGAUGACAUGGAGAGACAGCAGUGAGGCGAGCCCUUUCUGGCCUGGUUCGACCCAGCUAAUCCCCAGUUUGGUCGUUGGCAUUCUUGUUGUGGGCGUUCCGGGUGUGACAUUUCCGUUCUCCGCCUCUUCCGAAUUUUCUGUCUACCGUGGCUUGCAUUUCU